CAAAUCAAGAUCUCCAACCUCUGCUCUCAGGCAAGAAGCGAGUCAUCGCUCUCAACAAGAAAGAUUUGGCCAAUCCCAACAUUAUGCAUAAAUGGACUGGGUUUUUUGAUUCUUGCAAGCAAGAUUGCCUUCCAAUAAAUGCCCACAGUAGAAGUUCUGUUCAGAAGCUUCUUGACCUCGUGGAGUUCAAACUAAAGGAGGUAAUCUCCAGGGAACCUACUCUGCUCGUUAUGGUGGUUGGUGUUCCCAAUGUUGGCAAGUCAGCUUUAAUCAAUUCGAUUCAUCAAAUUGCCUCAUCUCGCUUUCCUGUGCAGGAGAAGAAAAAGCGUGCUACAGUGGGACCAUUGCCCGGUGUUACUCAAGAUAUUGCAGGAUACAAGAUUGCCCACAAGCCUAGCAUAUAUGUUUUGGACACGCCCGGAGUAUUGGUUCCAAGUAUCCCAGACAUUGAAACAGGGUUAAAGCUAGCUUUGGCUGGGUCUGUGAAAGAUUCGGUAGUAGGUGAAGAACGUAUUGCUCAGUACUUACUGGCAGUUUUGAAUACUCGGGGUACCCCCCUCCACUGGAAGCACUUGGUUAGUAGAAGAAUAGAUGGUGCAGAUGAAUCUGAUGACAAACAUGAAUAUAAUCUCAAAGAUCUUCUGCCGAAAAGGAGGAAGCCCGUAAAUAGAUCUGAUGUGCACUACAUUGAGGAUCUUGUAACGGAAGUACAACGUGCACUUUUUGUAACUCUCUCAGAAUUCAAUGGUAGUGUAGAAUAUGAAGCUGACUUGGAGAAUCUCAUAGAACAUCAGUUUGAAGCACUUCAGAAGGCGCUGAAGAUACCUCACAAGGCAUCAGAGGCACGUACUAUGGUAUCAAAAAAGUUUCUCACUUUAUUUAGGACCGGUAAACUUGGUCCUUUCAUUCUUGAUGAUGUCCCUAACGCCUCUAAUUCUGUACCUUGAAAUUUUGUGGCUGUUUUUUUUUAAUAUAUCUAUACUGAGCACAUUUUAUUAUUGAAUUUUCUGAUUGAAAAAAUGUAUUUUCUCUGUAAAGAAUUAUUCCCCAUGAUUUUCUAUCUACACACACUCUUUUUCUUUU